UGUUGGUAUCCCUCAACCUAAUUUGCUUGAAAAUCAAUCUUUGAAAUAAGUGAGAUUGAAAUCUGAAAAACAGACAUUUGUGGAACUAGUAAGUAUGAAAAAGGAGCAAUUGUCUUUAUCAUGUGAUAUAAGCUGUUUAAAAGACAUCAGGUAACACAUCUGUGAAUAUAAUUGCUUCUGCUUUUCUUCUGAGGAGAAGUUAGCUGCAUUGACAACACGCCUACUGCUACAGAACGUUUUUUGUCUCUGCUACAUUAAUCAACUUUCCUAAUUUGGGAGAUUUCUUAUGCCAGAAAAAUAAAAUUGUUAAGAAAAGCAUGUUUACUCUUUAGAACAUAGUUUCUCGAAUGUGGCUAUAGUGGGCCUCUUUGUGUACCCAUCAAGGCAUAAAGACUUGAACAAAUGGGAAGGAAAUGUGAUGGCAGUUUGAAGAAAGUGGGGAAAACCUGAAGCAAAUGUACCAGCCACCUCAUCUUCUCUAUAGUUUUAUUUGUUUAGCUUUUUAUUAUUUUUAUUUAUUUAUAACACUUAUAUAUUGCCUGUUCAGGGACGUGCUUGAGGUAACUCAGGAAAUACAAACAAUAAAAUCAUAAAAAUCAGUAAUAAGCCAUGGAAACAAAAACAGCAUAAAACAACAUCCAGCUAAGACAAUAUCCCUGAAACAGUCCUCAAGCUAGAAAAGGAACAUAAAAACAGCUUUAAAAGAUAGAACCCGUCAGUUAAAAGUUUGGGUAAAAAGGUGCUUGGUGCCUAAGGCUGCAAUCUUACAAAUGUUUACCUGUAUGUAAACUCUAUGGUCUAAAAUGGGAGUACUUCUGAGUAGAUGUACUUAGGAUAGGUUCUAUAACAUUCAAUAAUAUAAUAACAUUUGAUUUAUAUAUUGCCCUUCAGGACAACUUAAUGCCCACUCACAGCAGUUUACAAAGUAUGUUGUUAUUAUCCCCACAACAAAACACCCUGUGAGGUGGGUGGGGCUGAGAGAGCUCCAGAGAGCUGUGACAAGCCCAAGGUCACCCAGCUGGCUUCAAGUGGAGAAGUGGGGAAUCAAACCCUGCUCUCCAGAGUCCCACACUCUUAACCACUACACCAAACUGGCUCUGGACAAGCUUCAAGGGGGAGAGCAUUCUAAAGGCUUAUGAAAUCAUAUUGCUGCCACUGUUUCUGGAAUCUCUGUUGAUUUCAUGGUUGCUGAUGGAUAAAGAUGGGCAUUGGUCAGUUGCAUUCGCUGUGACCGCAUCAUGGCUUGCGUGGCGUAUCCCAGCACAAGAGAGUUCCCCUUUCUGGCAGACAGACAUGCUCGCCUUAUACUGGCCCAGAUCAGUAAGAUGAGAUAUGGACAGCACUUCUGUGAUGUGCAGCUCCAGAUUGGUGAUGAAGAAUUUAAGGUCCAUCGACUUGUUCUCGCUGCAAGCAGCCCUUACUUUGCUGCUCUGUUUGCCGGAGGGAUGAAAGAGUCUUCAAAGGAUGUUGUGCGGAUCCUGGGCGUGGAUGCUGGCAUCUUUCAAAUUCUCUUGGAUUUUAUUUACACAGGCAUAAUCAGCAUUGGCGAGAGUAAUGUCCAGGAGCUGACUGUGGCUGCAGACAUGUUCCAGCUUACUGAAGUGGUGGACCUUUGCUGCGAAUUUCUAAAGGGACAGGUGGACCCCACAAAUUGCAUUGGACUCUUCCAAUUCUCCGAGCAAAUUGUCUGUCAUGACCUGAUGGAGUUCACAGAGAAUUACAUCCAUGCCCACUUCCUGGACAUUCAGAAUGGAGAGGAAUUCCUUGCAUUGACAAAAGACCAGCUUGUUAAAAUCUUAAGAAGUGAGGAGCUGAGCAUAGAAGAUGAAUACCAGGUUUUCAUAGCAGCAAUGCAGUGGAUCCUGAAGGAUCUGGGGAGAAGAAAGAAACAUGUGGUAGAAGUGCUGGAUACGAUUAGAUUUCCUUUGCUACCUCCACAAAGACUCUCGAAGUACAUAGAAGGUAUUCCUGAUUUCAGUCUUCGAGUGGCUCUUCAAACUCUGUUAAAAGAAUACUGUGAAGUGUCAAAAUCUCUCAAAGAGAGCAAGGUGAGCAGUUUCCUGCAGCCAUCCAAGGCACGUCCCCGGAGGAAAGCCAGGAAGUAUCUUUAUGCUGUAGGUGGAUAUACUCGUCUGCAGGGAGGCCGUUGGAGUGACAGCAGAGCUCUUAGUUGUGUGGAGCGUUUUGACACUUUCAGCCAGUACUGGACUACUGUGUCUUCCUUACACCAAGCUCGCAACGGGCUGGGAGUUGUGGUGGUGGGAGGAAUGGUCUACGCUAUUGGAGGUGAAAAAGAUUCCAUGAUUUUUGAUUGUACUGAAUGCUAUGAUCCGAUUACUAAGCAGUGGGCAGCUGUAGCUUCCAUGAACCAUCCUCGCUGUGGAUUAGGAGUGUGUGCCUGUUAUGGAGCCAUUUAUGCUUUUGGAGGUUGGAUUGGAGCAGAGAUUGGUACUUCAAUUGAACGUUUUGAUCCUGAUGAGAAUAACUGGGAAGUGGUGGGUCACAUGGCAGUGCCUCGUUACAAUUUUGGGUGCUGUGAAAUACAAGGUUUAAUUUAUGUUGUUGGAGGCAUUGGCAAUGAAGGAAUAGAACUGUGUUCUGUGGAAGUCUAUGAUCCAAUAUCUAAGCGCUGGUCUGCACUCCCUGCAAUGGGUACCAGAAGGGCAUAUUUGGGUGUGGCUGCUCUGAAUGACUGUAUUUAUGCCAUUGGAGGAUGUAAUGAGGCGCAAGAUGCACUUGCAACUGUUGAGAAAUACUCCUUUGAUGAGGAGAAAUGGGUGGAAGUUGCUUCAAUGAAGACUCCAAGAGCUGGAGUGUGCGUCGUAGCUGUAAGUGGCCUCCUGUAUGCGAUAGGAGGCCGGACUGCUAGCUAUGAUUCGGCUGCCCCGGUAACUUCAGACUCUGUUGAGGUUUAUAAUCCACAUAUGGAUACUUGGACUGAAAUUGCUAACAUGAUCACCAGCCGCUGUGAGGGAGGUGUGGCAGUGCUUUGAAGAAGAUAAUUCUUGUAAAAAAUCAGCAGGUUUGGAGAGUGAACAUUAAGUGUUCUGUGAUGAGGAUUUGGGCACUAAGAAAAGAAAGAGGUAUCUGCCUGGAGUCACAGGAGGAAGAGACUUCCAUCAUGCUACUCCAGUAACUACAACCCCUAGUGGAGACAUAAGGUUUCUCUUUGGAGCACAAGAUAGUUCCUGGAUCAUUCUAAAGCCAUUGAAAUGUUUGAUGAUAAUUGCAUUUGACACGUUAAAUAACCUCCAGGUUUUCCGAGACUAGGGCCCAGUUGGUAUGACUGGGGUUAUACAAAUGUGAAAAGUGCAGCCAUUAUGUCACUCUUUAAUGGGAGAUCCUAAGUAAUAGGAUUUUAUCCUCUUUGUGAAAAUGUUAGAUUAUUCUUUUGUGGCCAGGCUUCUGCCUCCUCGUAUCCUUGGAGAAGAUGGACAUGACAAUGAUGAUGUAGCUGCUUGUGUGAAAGUCAUUUUGGGGAAAUUUUAGUUUUAAAAUUUGAGCUUGCUUCCAGCAGAGCCAAGGGUACAGGUACUUUAGUUAUCACAUCACUUAUUAUUUACUCAUCAGGAUUCAGCAUGAUCCUCUCUAAAGCUUUUAACAUUGAAAUACUGUAACUUGCUUCCCUGUGGGAAAGAACAACUUAGGGCCAUCCAUUGUGAUCCUAUUAUGCACAUUUAAAGAACUAUUGUAAAGAAUUCUUUGGAGGGUUUACAUUGAUUGCUAUAAAAUAAUUCUGCCUUCUUUCCUUACUGAUUGUGUCCACUUGAACUUUCAAAGGAUCCAUCUACCCCACAUACAUACUGAAACUGAAGGAUCAUCUUGAAAGAAGAAUUGGAUGCAUCCAAGAUGUUAAAUAAUAGCAUUAAUUUGUUUGUGUACUGAACAUUAGAAGUAAGUUGAACAGGAGAGAGAAGUGGCAGUAUAAAGAGUGAUGCCUUCUCUUAACAGAGGGUGGACUAUGUUUAUAUACAUCGUAAGCAAAAGGCCUUUUCCUCUCUACAUGCUGGAUCAUGUAACAGUUGGGUGAAUCUGAGAGCCAGUUUGGUGUAGUGGUUAAGAGCGCGGGAUUCUAAUCUGGAGAAACAGAUUUAAUUCUCACUUCUCCAUUUGAAGCCAGCUGGGUGACCUUGGGUCAGUCACAGCUCCUAGCUUUCUCAGCCCCACCCACCUCACAGGGUGUUUUGUUGUGGGGAUGAUAAUAACAUACUUUGUAAACCACUCUGAGUGGGUGUUAAGUCAUCCUGAAGGGUGGUAUAUAAAUCAAAUGUUGUUGUUGUACAACUUAGGAUAGGAGGUCUCCAGGACAGCCAUUAGCAAUGGCACUGAAACCAAUGGAAUUAAUCCUGCAGAACUCAAGUAGAGGGCAGGCUUUGGCGAGUCCUUCAGUGAUUUCAUGUCAUAUCGCAACAAGUCCAGCUCUCAUGGUGCAGGUUCUGGAGGUUUUUUUUUCUUCCAGUUGCAGCAGGAGGAAUGAGCCAGCCUUGGUUAAGCCAGCAGAUGAAUGCCUGAACAGCUGUGAUUUUGGCAGGCCAGUAAGAAUGCACUGUAAAGGGACAAAAUAGCAGGCAGGCCUACUCCUGGGUUGCAGUAAUCUUUGAAGAUAUGCCAUCUGCAGUGAAAAUUGCAAAAAUUCUUUAGUAGUUGAUAUUAGUCAAAGUUGAUUUAAAGGACCCAUUACUUUACAUAGUCUUGGAUGUAAUCACUUUGAUCUAGAUAGUCUAGGAUAGGGACAAGCACCCUUUUAUAGUAAGAGCCAAACUAGAGAAUUAAAAAUUCAAAGUAAGAUCAAGAAAGAGCCAGUAUAAGAAACUCCAUUUCAUAAUAAUCUAUACACUUUUACUGAUAAACAUGUUCAUUAAUAAUACACAAAGGUUUUUGCAGCUCAAACAUAGAUGGUUGAGAGUUCUUUAUUGGACAGUAGCACAAACAAGCAAUAACCAUAGAGGCACAUGAUUUGGCUCUAGCCAUAGGUUGUAGACCACUGGUCUAGGAGGCUGAUUUGAGCAUCUGCAAUGGUGGCUUAAUGCCUGGGCAUUCUUUACAUUGUAAAACAGUGAUGCUGGGACACACAAUCCUGCACUAAUUCUUUGGAUUAAUAGCUUCAAUUUGCUCAUAAAUGCCCCUUUCAGUUCCAGUGACAUAGCUUAUGGCUGCAAUUCUUGCAGUAUCUGGUAAUCAGUACAAUCCUAUCUCAAGAGUCAAGUUUCUGUAGCAUAGUGGUAAAAUUGCUGGGCUGCAAAUCAGUACUCUGUUCGUUUGAAUCCCACUACUGCCGUGAGCUCAGCAGGUGGCCUUGGAUAAGCCACUCCUCUCAGCCCCAGCUGGGAUAAUAAUAACACUGAUUUUGUUGGCUGCUCUGAGUGGGGCACUAAUCUGUCUAGAAGAGUAGUAUAUAAGUGAAGUUAUUAUUAUAACUUCCACUGUUACACGUUCAGUGAACCCCAGAAUAGUUCUAAGAAAUCAAGCCCGUAUCCUAUGUUUGGAUAAGAAUUUUUCAAAAGCAAUACAUAUAUCCUGCUCUUUCUUUUGGCCCUUAGUGGUCUCCCAUCAAUGGAUUGGAUCAGGUACACACCUGCAUUACCUAUAGUAGCAGGUGCUCCCAGGCCAUCCAUUAGGGCCUAGAAGAGCUACAUUUGGUUCUAUAACAGUCAUUCUUAAAAGGAAAAUAAAGUGUUUUUCAGAGCAAACUGAUGAUGAGUGGCAAAUGUAACUUUUGUCUGCUAUAAUGCAGUUGUGGGAGGAAGUGAAAGUGUUUCCAAGCAGUGGGCAUGGGUUACUUCAUUUUCAUAUAAUCUAUGAUAUUAAGACAUUUGUUGAUGGAUUUAUCAGAGGCAUGGGAAUGCCAUGUGACACUAGUGAUCUUCAGGGGGAGUAGCUCUCACGUGGCAGCAAGCAUGUAAAACAACUUCAACAAGAAAGCCUUCCUUGCAGUGGAUGCAAUGAAAGAAUUGGCUAGGGUUACCAGUCCCCCUUGUAGAGGGGUAUCUCCUGCUCCCACCCUCCGCCACCACUCACCUGGCAUGGGGGUGGGGGAGAAGGUACAGGAAUGGGCCUCCCAGGCACGCUCCCGGGAUGGCACAACAUCACUUCCUGGGAUCUUGUUCACUCCCUGGGAAUGAUGCCAUCAUGCUGCCCCAAGAAUGCUCCUGUGCUUCACACCGGGCUGAUUUGGGCCCCAAACAGACCAGGGCCCAUUUGAGGACUGAAGUGGCUCACUGUGAAGCACAUACAAGCCUGCACAAUUUUGUCGACUGUAAGUGACAUCAUCCUGCAGGCACAAGGGACACAGAAAAGGUGAGUACUGGGUACCCCCGCCAUCCUGUUGGGAGGGUAAGGGGACCUGGCAACCCUAGAAUCAGCCCUGAACAGAAGUGUUUUUACUGGCAAAGAUCUCAGAUAUGGUAAUCAAGUAAAUACCUAGCAAGGGUGUUAGAAUCAGUGAGACAAAUCCUUUAAAUGGGCAUCUUGUUUGCUGGAAUCUUUCCAUAAGGAAGUUUAAGUCACACUUUAGAUGUCCUUAUUGUCUGGCUCCAUUCUCAAAUGUGCUGCAAAUCAGUUACAUUCUCCUUCCAGUUUUAACUCAUUGUGACUUGGGAACUUCAAUAUAAUGAACAUUUGUGUUCUGAAGCAUCCAGUAGGUUCUAAUGUGGCCUAACAAUACAGCCCCUCUAACAUACAGCAACAAAACCUGGUCUGAAGGGGAAGGGGGAGCAUUACAUUCAGCUAAAAGUUGGUGGGAUUGCAACUUGUACUGUAGACCUGCUUGUCUUAAAAACCUUUUCUUUGAUUAUGGGUUUCCUGAGCAAUAUAAUGGCCCAGCCUGUCCUACAGAGGUCCCCAUACAAGUUGUGUCAAAUGCUGUGCGGUGGGAACUUAACGCAAUGGUGAAGACAAAGUCUACCAACCAUUUUCCAUCAUUUGUAUAGCAAUAAAGAGGGAAGAAAACUGGUUAAAGCAAUACUGGAUUUUGUUGUGCUUGUCCUACAGAGGUCCCCAUACAAGUUGUGUCAAAUGCUGCGGGGUAGGGAACUUGAGGCAGUGGUGAAGAAUUCCAUUCAUCACUCUUUACAUUUUCCACCCAAUGGAGUUUUGCCAGAUUGACAAACAGUCUACCAACCAUUGAUAUUUCAAUUUUCCAUCAUUUGUGUAGCAAUAAAGAGGGAAGAAAACUGGUCUAAGCAAUACUGGAUUUUGUUGUGCUUCACUGUGGGAAUAAAGAAAUUGUGUGUGCAAUUUAAAUUCCAGUCUUCUUGUUUUGGCAGAAGGAAGAAUGAUGUGCACCAUCCUCAGCUCAGGUUUUUGGAAGAAGCGUGGGAUAAAUAAAUAUGUAUAUAUUAAUAUUUUCGCACUUG